AAAUAAUGAAGAGGAACCACAGGAGCUAUUGGUGUUUGGAUACAGCUGCAAACUAUUUCGAGACGAUGAGAAGGCCAAAAUGAUUGAUCACGGGAAGCAUUUGAUACCGUGGAUGGCUGAUAACGCAUUAAAGAUAGACAGGUCCGUUUUUAUAACCUAGAAUCAAAUAUAAGUCUAGGAUAUAAUUACUAUUAUUUUCUUCUUGUUAACGCACCAGUACGUUUUAAAUACGUAAAGGUAUGACCAACAGUGACAAGAGGACGGUGAUGGAGCAUCGAUAAUCAGAGAUUGUGACAUUUUAUAAAAAUGACAUUCUUCAAAAUACUUAAUGAUAUCAGAGAGAUAAAUUUUGGAUAAGAAAAAAUCUGGAGACUGUUUAAGAUUUCUGCAGGUGUGACCCGAGCGCUGGACAACGUCCUUCUGGAGCGGGGCAUCCAGGACAGGUGAUGAACGGGCUUCUUGUAUCCUUGUCAAUUUUCAAGAAGUAUCCUUGUUGUCGACGAACUUCCCUCCAGCAAGAUACGAUGGACGCGGGGCACUGGCGGAUUUGCGAGUUCACGAGCCGCCAUCGGGUGGUUUUGAUGCACGUACCAUCCUGACCGAAGAUGAACUUAAAAUUGAGCAGCUUUGCGACGAAGAAAGGUAUCGUUCUCUCUACAACAAUGAUGCUGAAGAAUUAAUGUAUCAUGAGGAAGAAAUGAAAAGACUACAUCAAGCUCUAGGAAGUGACAAUACUUAUGGACAAGUCGCUUACAAUUAUGAUGACCAAGAUAUUCAAAUUGGUGUUGGUGAUGAUUCACAGAGUCCCAAACCAUCAGAUGGCUCGCAAGAUGAUGACGAUCAGGCUUUUACUCUUCCUCCUGAAUUAGAAGCGCCCGAAGGCAUGGUUAUGCCGGAAACGCAAAAACUUAAUGCCAUUAUUACGAAAACAGCGUUAUUCAUAAGUCGCCAAGGCAGUCAAAUGGAAAUUUUAAUAAAAGCCAAACAAUCAAAUAAUCCACAAUUUGCAUUCCUUUCAAUAGAAGGAGCACUUCAUCCUUAUUACAAGCUGGUUCUUGAUGCUAUAAAACAAGGAAAAUAUAAUCCAGAAAAAUUGCCUGAGAAAGAAGAGUCUGAGUCUGAUGAAGAGUCGGAUGAAAAUGACGAGCCAUAUCUACAUCCUAGUCUUGCAUCGUCAUUGACUAAAGUUGAAGCGGCGCCCAGUAUACCGAGUAUACAGUACAAACCAUCAGCAGACUGUGCGUAUUCGAUGUUAGUCAACAAAAUUACGGGUAAACCGCCACAAUCAAAAAAUCCACCGUUUUCACCUGAACUUCCUGCUCAACAAGUACCGCCGUCUGAAUAUUGUCCACCGGUAUCUUCACAGAGUUAUGCUGCUUAUCCACUUACACCACAGCAAUAUUCUCAUGGUCCAGUAAUUUACGGUCCGAACGGACAAGCUCAACAGCCAUCAAUGGCAUUUAUGUCAACAGCAUCAGUACCGGAUGCUCCAUCAACACCAGUAAUAAAAGAACCCCCCGCACCACUCGUACCUUAUGGACCUACUCCACCUAAACCUUUAAGCAGACCUUCUUUUAUUGUCCCACCCGCUGAUGUACAAAUAAUAAUUGAUAAGAUGGCCAGCUAUGUUGCUAAAAAUGGUCGUGAUUUUGAAGCAAUUGUAAAAGCUAAAGGAGAUGCUAGGUUUAAUUUUCUUGAGCUGUCUCAUCAAUAUCACGGUUACUAUGCCCAUAAAUUAACCAUUUAUGAAGGUGGUGUCAAUCCUAAAGUACUUACUGAAGAAGAGUUGUUGCGCAAACAAGAGCCACAAGAAGAAAAACAAAAAAGGUUAGAAGAAAUUCAGAAAAAACAACAAAGAAUGGAAGAAGUACAAAAAAGAGUUAAAAUGAUCCAAGCGAAAAAGAAAAGCGAAAAACAAAUUACCACUGUAUCAUUUUCAAUAAAAAAACCAAAAGACAGUGAUACUACUGUUAUGGAAAAACGUAGCGCUUUACCGAUGGAAGAAAGCGAUGAUGAAAAGGACGAGAAAGAUGAGAAAAAGGAUUCAAGUUCUAAAUCAAAUUCACCCUUAUUUGUUCUUGGUGAAGAAAAUUCUUCAUCAAAACAGGAUAAAGAAAUGACUAUUUCAAAUAAUGAAACAGAAGAAAAAGACUUUGUUGACCUUACUGAUGAUAUCCUUGAAGAUUGUCGGAGUCAAGUUAAACAUAAGUCAUUAGAAACAAAAAUAAAAGACAAGCUUGCCGCUGCUGCUAGAGAUAAACUUGCAUCUAGCUCGCGGGAAAAACAGCUUCAACUUGAAAGAAAGAAAAAAGCAGCCAUGUUUCUUAGCCAAAUUCAAGCACCUGCAUUAUCAAAAUCAAAUAUUGAGAUGAGGACUGAAGAUGAUUUGGAUGAAGUCCAUUCCAUUCCAUCGCCAACGCCUGAAGAAGUCGAGGAUUCACGGUCAAGAAAUAGUUCAUUAAUGAGUAGAUUAAAGAGCGCUGAUAUCGGAGUCAAACGGUCAAGACCAAAAUCAUCGUCAAGAUCAAGGUCUGCCUCCAGAUCUAGAAGCCGAAGUCGCAGUUAUUCUGAUAGACAUAAAUAUCACAAGAAACACAAGAAAAAGAAAAGUUCUCACAGAAGUUAUGACAGUCCAAGUGCUUCAAGAUCACAUAGAGCAAAAAAAAGUAAAAAAUCUACGUCGAGACACAGAUCGCGAUCGAGAUCACCCGGACGAAGAAGUACAAGGCAUUUACGAAAUCCAAAUGAUUCCAAUGACUCAGAUUCAAACUCAUCGUGAAUAAAAGAUAAUCAAAUUUUAACAAUAUAUUCAUUUAUAUUUGUAUAUAAGCUUGUCUAAAAAAAUAAUGUUUGAUUUAAUACAUUCACAAAAAAAAAAUACCUAAAGUUUUUUUUUCUUUUCAUUGUUUUUGAUUGUUAAAAUAAACUAAUGUGCGUCAAUGACUUAGUUCAGAGUUAUAUUCUAUGGUAA